AACGAUCGAAGCGUCUGGUCUUCGGCAGAGGGAAAAUCGCUUGUCUAAAUCGCGUGAAGUUUCAAUAUCAAGAUCUCUGUAACACCAGUGAUACCAUUAUUAAUACAACGCUUUUUACGUUGUAUACAUAAUAUUUUUUAAACAUCGAAUAAUCGUGGUUAUUAAAAAGUAAAGAAUUUAUGAAGUUUUGACGAUGGGUCGUAGAAAAAGAAAUUCGAAAAGAGUCUUUGUCACUGAGAAAAUUUGCGAAAGGAAGAUAGCGGAAAAAUUAAAUUCCGACGAAAAAGAGGCGAUAGAGGAACAAAAAGAAAAAAAUCUUUUUAUCAAUGAAAUCGCGAUCGACGUUUACUCGCGUUUGGAAUUGCCACUCGUGUAUCCAAUGCAAGAUGGAUCGUUAAACGACAGCGAUGAAGAGGACACUGUCGAGCUGAAUUUCUGGCCACGUUUUGUCUUCGUGUCGAACCUAUGUCUGAUCUGCAUGGAACGAUCGGAGGAAACCUGUGAAUCUUGCGGCAUGGUUUCUUACUGUACCGUCAAACAUAUGAAGCAGGAUCGACCGAAGCAUCAUGACCUGUGUAAAGUUCUCACUAAAGUUUGUCAGAUCGGAGGUGGCUUGUCAUUACUAUCGGAACUCAGCGCAGAUGAUUAUCGGAUUUAUCGGUUGAAAUUGAUCGAGAUAGUACAGUGUCGCUUGGACAGGCCUCUUCAGCUCUGGGAAAAAGAGAUUCUUCUUUAUCCCCGCGUUUGUUGCAGUUGUCGUCGCUUCUCGACGACUUUAAGGUGUUGCCCGACAUGCGGAAUCGGCUUAUUCUGCGAGAAUCAUGACGGUGGACAUGAAGAAUGGUGUCGAGAGUUUCAGGUGUUUCGUAGAAUGCUGUUCAUGCAGCACAAAAACGGUCAUAUAGAGCCUGAGAUUCCGGAUACCUUCCAGAAAGAACCGCUUCAUUUACCAGACAAUUUUGAUCUGUUAAUAGCACAGCUUUUCGGUUGCUCAACAUAUUAUUUUAAUAUGGAUUGCUAUACGUACUGUAGUCUCUCUCAUAUAUCAUCUAUUGCAUUGACAGCUUUGUAUUCUAUGCAAAUUUCUUGCCAGAAUUGGAAAACUAUUGAUACCUUUGUGGUUCACGUAAUAGGUGCCGAAUUUCAAUAUGAAUGUAUAAAUCUGCACGUGUGGGAGAAACUUUUUCUGCAUCUCCUCCCGAAUCUAAAGCAACUCAAGUUGAUAUUCAUUGGUCCGGAACUGAGUCUGCCGACGGUGCCAUUAGACCUGUUAACCACUGUGAAGAUCUGUUCGUCUUGUAAAUCAUCUGGUCGACGAAUAAAAAUUUCGUUCCAUCCUAAAAAAUUUUAUCACGAUUUCUGUUAUUCCAAACAAUUUAUAGAACCGCAUUUCGUAUGUCUCUUUAAUCCGGGUCUUUAUCGGGAAACUGGUUUUAAAAACAAAGAUACGUGGCCGGAGACAAUACGAGAAUUCUGUAAAAUGAAAAUUCCCGUGUGCGUGACGUCUUACACGAAGCAGGAAAUUCCACGAGAGAUGAUUAGAAUAAAAUCGAUCGCUGAUGUAGAAACGAUUUUGGAGCCACAAAAAAAUCCAUUCGCUUCAAUCAAACCUGAUAGAAAUUUCGUUAGUGACGAAACAGCGCCACUUAUCUAUAAAAAUUAUUAUCUCACUAUUGUUAAAGGAAAAUUAUAAUUAAUAAUUUGAGAGAGAUUUUCUUUUGAGAUUACUUUACAUUUAAUUCAACGCGAGUGUCUUUCUGGAAUACUUUACGUUUGAAAUAUUUUUUUAUAUCUUUUAAUUUCUAUUAGAGGGUAAGACCACGGUAGACAAACUGUCAGCCAUCCCCAUGUGUGGUUACA